AUGAUAGGCUCACCGGACGUGGUGGCUUUUACUAAAGAGGAUGAGAAUGGGGAGACAACACCUGAGCCCUGGGCACUACCUGAGGAAUUUUGCGUCCCCCUCUUCCCACAGGCAGAUUCCAAUCCAUGGGCCAAAACGUCUUACGCUAAGUUCACCAAAGACUUCAUCCUCAUAUCAGAGUUCUCAGAGCAGGUGGGUCCACAGCCACUCCUCACCAUCCCUGAUGACCCCAAGGUCUAUGGCACCUUCGAUCUCAAUUACUUCUCCCUGCGCAUCAUGUCUGUGGAUUACCAAGCAUCAUUUGUAGGUCAUCCACCCGGCGGUGGUUACCCAAGACUCAGCUUUGUGGAGGAUUCAAGGGUGGUGCUGGGAGACUCAAAGGAAGGGGCGUUUGCCUAUGUACAUCACCUAACGCUCUACGACCUGGAAGCCAGGGGCUUUGUGCGGCCGUUCUGCAUUGCAUAUGUCUCAGCAGAUGAGAGGAAGAUCAUGUUGCAGUUUCAGGAGCUGUCCCUCCGCUUCUCCCAGGCAUCCGAGUGCUUAAAGACAGGGAACAGACGAGCCUUCGCCAAGGAGCUACAAAAGAAGCUCCAGGACUUGGAGUACACCCGCUCUGUGCUACAGAGGGAAGAGGGGCUGCAGAGAGAGGCAGGUCCUCAGGGGAUCUACUCUGCCCAUGCUGUCGAGAAAGCUAAUGAGCUUGCAAAUGUGGAAAAGAGCAUCUAUGAACACAGGGACCUGCUGAAACAGAUCAGUUCUUAUCCCUGCCGACCGCGACGGGAUCCCCAUGCUGUUGCCUGCCAGAAAUGUAUGACUGAGUGUGUGAGUGAGUGUGAAGCCCUUGGGGUGGAGCCAGAGGGUCAGACUAGUGAGGAACAAGGUGAAGAGGAAAAUGAAGAGGAGGGUGUCAAACGCAGGCCGUCCUACACCCCACAGCUGAUCAAAGGAAAGUCUGCCAAAUGUUUUGAUAAGCGUCUUAAGACUCUCCAGGAGUUGUGUGAUGAGACAUUUUACGUAGCCACCGUGGAACUGAUGAAAGAGAUAGAGAGGAGUUUCCGGGGAGACCUGAGUUACCUGUACACACGUCGCCUAGACAGGGCACUUCGAAGAAAACAGCAGCUCACCAACAUCCUAUUUGAGGAAGACUUGGGGGAAGAUGAUAAGGAAGAAUGGGGAAUACCGAGACCAUUUUGUGCCGUAAACCACACUGUAGACAAUGAUACACUCACACAUCCACCUCCUAUCGUGCUUUGCCCUGACUCCUUAGAGCUGGAUGCCCUUGAUCCUCUGGAUCCUUUAGAUCCAGCCUCAGAGACAAGUCAUACCCAGGCGAGUGAACUUGGACUAGGAGAAAGCUGCCUGGAAUCCUCUCCUUCAGAACAGACCCUAGAAACACAAGAGAGCUCAGAGGAUACCAAAGGCAGCUUUAGCAGUGACAGGAGUGGGGUGGGCCUGGGAGAGGGUGAGGGUGAACAGAGCCUUGCCAGUAUAAAGUCAGAACCUCCUGACCCCGACCAUAACACUGACCCAGAGAGAGAGAGCACCAGCGAGGAGGUGGAGACCACUGCUGGUGAGGAUGAGGUUGAAGAUGGGGGUGACCAGACACCUGUUUCUUUGCUGGAAGGGGUGUCUGAGUUGGAGUCUAGCAAAGAGGAUGAGUGUGAGAGACAAGUGGAGAACAGAUGUGAUGGGGUAAAUGAGGAGCUGUUUGAGAUGGAGCCUGAGUCCUUAGUUCAGAUAGACACAGCAUGCUGUAUGGCUCAGGAAGGCUUUCUUUAUGAGCCCUCUGCCCCAGAUACAGUGUCUGAUAUGGGGCAUGGUUCCCAUCAACAGUCCCCUCACUCUCUGGUAGUCAACCAAGAGCCCCAGGCUCUCCUGCCACUUCAAGGGGACUAUGCUGUUGGCUCUUCCCAACCAGGGAGCCCAACAACAGGGUUGGACCUGCCAGUGGAGUCCCUUGGAGAUGCAGUUUCACGGUGCUCUGUGGAGGAUGGGUCUGACUGUACCAUGAGCACCUCCACAGGCUCUGACCGUGCUGCCUCACCUCUCGGAUAUGGAGGAUUGCUGACCCUGCGUCAAAGGAAGAAGGCAGGGCAGGGCGCUUUGAAAUUUGUACGUCAAUAUCCAUUUGCUUUGCAGGCCCUGUGGUGUCUGCUAAGUGGUAGGACCCUGGUGGUGCUUGGGACAGACGAGGGGAGGGUCCGCCGCUUGGUUUACGCUCUAGCCCUGUUUGUGCCUGGGCCCGGGAGAUGUGGAGAGAGAGUUCAACCUUGGUUGUCCUGUCCAUUUACCCUCACAGAUCUGCAGAGGUGGAAAUUAAUUGGAUUGCAAAGAAUGGCAUCUCCUGUGGGUUCCAGCAUGCUCAACUCCCUGUCCCGCUACAGCCGCUACAUCGCCAUCCUGGACACAGACCAGAAGACCCUGCGCUGCCCUCCAUACCGCGGCCACCUCCUUGCCAACAUAGCUGACCACCGCACCUACAUCCGCCGUGGCUCCACCUACUUCCUGCACGUACAGAGCACGCUCAGUAGCUUGGCUGCCAAGGCCUUCCUGUUUACCUUCACCCAUCACCUCCACCUGCCUAUUACUUCCAAGGAGGGGCCAGAGGGAGUCGAGGGCAGGCGUCGCAGUUUCUUGCAGGACCAGCUGGGGCUGGGGGAGGAAGACAGCCAGAUACUGCUCUACCUCAGCCAGCUUAUCACACAACAGUACUUAAAGCCUGCCACGGGGGAUAGCACUGCAGCCCCUGCUUUCAGUUUUAACUACACCACCAGCGUUUUAUACAAGAUCUAAUAUUGUAUUGACAGGUUAACUGCAGAGAAAUUGGGCUCGGUUUCCCAAAAGCAUUGUUGCCAAGACCAUCUUUGUCCAUUGGGUUUGAAUGGAUUCAAGGUGAUCUUGCUAAAUUCCAUUAUUUUAGUUUCAUUAUAAACACUGCUUACUUGUCUUAUUUGUAUAAUGACUCCCUGCCUUGCACUCUAUCUCUGGUCAUGCUCUUUUCCUCUCUCCUUUAUACACAGGAAAAAGACAGUGGAAUGAGAUGUGAAUGUAAAUGUGUGGUUUACCUACGUGUUUGGUCGAGAGCAUGUUCAGAAACACACACACA